AAUUCGGCACGAGUAAUAGGGGGGCAGCCACCACACCACACCACACCACACCACCACCGAUCCCCUCUCUCAGCGGCUGCCUGCCUGCCUGCCUGCCUGAACGAGGAAUCGCUCAUCGCUGCAUCACUGCCGCAGACGCCGGCGUGGUCGGGAUGGGGCGGCCGCCGAGCACGGGGGGCCCGGCGUUCCGGUUCACCCAGGCGGAGGUGGCCGAGAUGGAGGCCCGCCUGCAGCAGCUCAACAACGCCAUCCCGCACCGCUCCGUCAUCCAGGCCCUCGCCGACAAGUUCACCUCCUCCCCCGCCCGCUCCGGCAAGGUCGCCGUCCAGCCCAAGCAGGUGUGGAACUGGUUCCAGAACCGGAGGUACUCGCACCGCUCCAGGAGCUCCAGGGGCCCCCCGACGCUGAUGCAGACCAAGAUGCUGCCCACGGGGUCCGACGAGCACAAGUCGCCUCCCUUCAGGGCUAUGCCCUCUGCCUCUGCGCACUCCGGCUCGCCCUCAGGGAAGGGUUCUUUGGAGAGCGGCCAGGUUGAAUUUGAAGCAAAGUCGGCUAGAGAUGGCGCAUGGUAUGAUGUUGCUGCCUUCCUGUCUCAUCGGUUGUUCGAAUCUGGUGAUCCAGAAGUACGAGUUCGCUUUUCUGGAUUUGGAGCCGAGGAAGAUGAAUGGAUAAAUGUCCGUAAAUGUGUGCGGCAACGUUCUCUUCCGUGUGAAUCAACUGAAUGUGUUGCUGUUCUUCCUGGAGACCUCAUACUUUGCUUUCAGGAAGGCAAAGAGCAGGCUCUGUAUUUCGAUGCUUGUGUCCUUGAUGCUCAAAGGCGUAGACAUGAUGUACGAGGGUGUCGCUGUAGAUUUCUUGUUCGCUACGAUCAUGAUCACUCUGAGGAAAUUGUUCCACUGAGGAAGGUAUGUCGCCGACCAGAAACUGACUACAGGCUUCAGAUUCUGCAUGCUGCUAGAGCAGCAGGUAUGGCUAAAGAGGCUGUGGUUGAUUUGGUGUCGCACAAUGAUAAGAGCUCAGCGGAGCAGAAACCCCCAAAGCAGCACAAAAUGAUGGAUGUGAACACUGAUGAGGUAACCAUGGUUUCUAACCAAGACCAAGAAGAGCCAACAGGCAAGCCUGCUGCUACCUUGCCAGCAGCACCGGUCAAAACCCUGAAUGAUUCAGCUUCAGCUUCAGCUUCAGAUGUCCAAAUGGGCGAGGCACAGGCUGCUCCAAAAGUUGAAUCUUCUGAUGAAGUAGAAGACAAGAUGAAAGAGGGAUAGUUGGUUGCCUUUGCUGAGCAUUAUGUUUGGCUGGCGGCUGCAGUAAACAGCAUCUGGUUAAAUGCAUUGGCAUCUGAUCACCUGUUCUCCUGCUAGGCUGCUACACACAUGUUGUGACUUCCAACGCAGGAAUGUAUGUCUUCAGUCUUCACAACACAUGUUGUGACUUGUGAAGAUUUAGUAAUUGCUUAGGAACCCUCUCAAAAGGGUAAAUAUGAUUGUUAGGAACUUUAGCUCCAAACAUAAAUUGAUUGCAUAGGAACUUUAGCUCCGAAGAAAAUGUAAUGUGGUUGCGGUGGGAUUGACUUGAUUGCUGUCACACAAAUUCGGCCGAGGAUCCGUGUUGACCACAAAUAGGACUGGCCUGCCAUGCCACAACUAGGAUCUGUGUUUAAUAUAGCGUGCCAAAUAGGUGUGAAUCGGUGCCUUUGAAGGUUAUCAUCAAUUGUUCUGAAGGUAAAAUUUCUCAGGAGAAAGUCUAAUAUACAUUCUUGUGAA